ACACUCCAAAAGCAUCGUUCGUUUUCGUCGUUGCAUGUGGAAAAUUUGAAUAAAUUACGGAUCAAGCACGGUCUUCGCCCCAUACCGGUGCCAUCCGCUAGCGGUGCUGCGGCCUCCAGCAGUGUUCCGGAUAGAGCCAAAGAGCGCCGUGAAAAGUACGGUAUACCUUCGCCACCCAGGUCGAAGUACGUAGACGAGCUGCAAGCAGUACAGCGUUCCAACGUCGGCAGUCGUCUGAUGGAAAAGAUGGGUUGGCAGGCCGGCCAAGGUCUUGGCCGAGCAAAUCAAGGACGAACUCAAUUAGUGGAAGCUGAAUUUCGCGAGCAAGGUGUUGGUUUGGGCAUUAAAACCUCGAAACGAGGUCCACCGUCUGAUAACUAUAAAGACCACGUUAAGCGUGCGAUGUUUGCUCGGUUCCAUGAACUAGAAUAG